AUGAGAACGAAACACAUCACUGCGUUCCUCCGCCCGCCAUUGGUUAGCAUUGUUCGAGAAAGCCGGAGGAAGCGGAAGCCGCACGUGGAGCCGGCAAGGGGCUGCCGCAGUUUCUGGAAACUUCUCCUCGCUGUCAUAUUUAAAGCGGCGGCGCCGGCUCCCCCGCCCGCGGCCAGAGGUAGCGACACAGCACCGGAGCCAGCGCUCUGCGGCGGAGCUGUCCGGGGAGAGGCUCGCGCGGGCGGGACCAUGUCCGUGGUGGGGUUCGACCUGGGCUCGCAGAGCUGCUACAUCGCGGUGGCCCGGGCCGGGGGCAUCGAGACCGUCGCCAACGAGUUCAGCGACAGAUGCACCCCAUCAGUUGUAUCAUUUGGAUCCAAAAACAGAGCUAUUGGUGUUUCAGCUAAAAACCAGCAAAUUACUCAUGCUAACAACACAGUAUCUAACUUCAAGAGAUUCCAUGGCCGUGCAUUUAAUGAUCCUUUUAUUCAGAAGGAGAAAGAAAGUUUGAGUUAUGAUUUGGUUCCAAUGAAAAACGGUGGAGUUGGAAUAAAGGUGAUGUACAUGGAUGAGGAACAUUUCUUUAGUGUGGAACAGAUAACAGCUAUGCUGUUGACUAAGUUGAAGGAGACUGCUGAGACUAACCUAAAAAAGCCAGUAACAGACUGUGUUAUUUCUGUUCCAUCAUUUUUCACUGAUGCUGAAAGGAGGUCUGUCCUAGAUGCUGCUCAGAUUGUUGGCCUAAACUGUCUGAGACUGAUGAAUGACAUGACAGCAGUGGCUCUUAACUAUGGAAUUUAUAAACAAGACCUUCCAGCUCCAGAAGAGAAGCCACGGAUAGUGGUGUUUGUUGACAUGGGACAUUCUGCAUUUCAAGUAUCAGCCUGUGCUUUUAACAAGGGUAAACUAAAGGUGCUUGGCACAGCCUUUGAUCCCUUCCUAGGGGGGAGAAACUUUGAUGAAAAGUUAGUGGAUCACUUUUGUGCAGAAAUAAAAGCAAAGUAUAAACUGGAUCCGAAAUCAAAAAUUCGAGCCCUUCUUCGUCUAUAUCAGGAAUGUGAGAAACUGAAGAAGCUAAUGAGCUCUAACAGCACGGACAUCCCACUUAACAUUGAGUGCUUUAUGAAUGAUAGAGAUGUGGCUGGAAAGAUGAACAGAUCCCAGUUUGAAGAAUUAUGUGCUGACCUCCUACAAAGGAUAGAGGUGCCCUUCCAUUCAUUAAUUGAACAUACUCAGCUUAAAGUGGAAGAUGUGAAUGCUGUUGAGAUUGUUGGUGGAGCUACACGCAUUCCAGCUGUUAAAGAGAAGAUUGCAAAGUUCUUUGGCAAAGAUGUCAGCACAACACUGAAUGCAGACGAAGCCGUUGCACGAGGCUGUGCUCUACAGUGUGCAAUUCUUUCUCCAGCAUUUAAAGUGAGAGAAUUCUCUGUCACAGAUGCAGUUCCAUUCCCAAUAUCUCUGAUGUGGAAUACAGAAACCGAUGACACUGAAGGGGGUCAUGAAGUGUUCAGCAGAAAUCAUGCAGCACCUUUCUCCAAAGUUCUCACCUUCUACAGAAAAGGUCCAUUUGAGCUAGAAGCUUUCUAUUCUGAUCCUAAUGGUGUCCCAUAUCCCGAGACAAAGAUUGGCAGAUACGUUGUCCAAAAUGUGGCAGCUCAGAAAGAUGGAGAGAGAUCUAAAGUCAAAGUUAAAGUCCGUGUCAAUACUCAUGGCAUUUUCAGUGUGUCUACUGCCUCAAUGGUAGAACAAGUUAAAGCUGAAGAGAAUGAAGAUCUCAGUGUGGAGACUGAAGUGGUGAUUGUGAACCAGAGGCCUCCGGAGAAUUCAGAUGAUAAAAAUAUCCAGCAAGACAACAAUGAAGCUGGAACACAGUCCCAGGUACAAACUGAUGGUCAACCAACUCCACAGUCUCCCCCUUCACCAGAACCUCCCUCUGAAGAAAACAAAAUACCAGAUGCCAAGAAAACAAAUGAGAAGAAAAGUGAUCAACCUCCAGAAGCUAAAAAACCCAAGAUAAAGGUGAAGAAUGUAGAGCUGCCCAUUGAAGCUAAUCUGGUGUGGCAGUUAGGGAAAGAACUUCUCAACAUGUAUAUCAAAACAGAGGGCAAGAUGAUCAUGCAAGACAAGCUGGAGAAGGAAAGAAAUGAUGCAAAAAAUGCUGUGGAAGAAUAUGUGUAUGAGUUCAGGGAUAAGUUAUCAGGACCAUAUGAAAAGUUUGUUUGUGAGGAGGAUCUUCAAAGAUUCUCUGCAUUCCUAAUGGAGAUAGAAGAUUGGUUGUAUGAGGAUGGAGAGGACCAAGCUAAACAGGUGUACAUAGAUAAAUUGGAUGAAUUAAAGAAACUAGGUACUCCAAUUGAAAUGCGAUACCAAGAAGCUGAGGAGCGACCACGGGUGUUGGAAGAACUGGGAUACAAGCUUCAACACUAUGCCAAAAUAGCAGGAGAAUACAGGGACAAGGAUGAGAAAUACAUUCACAUUGAUGAAUCGGAAAUGAUAGAAGUAGAGAAAUGUGUCAAGGAAAUGAUGGAAUGGAUGAGUAAUGUUAUGAAUGCCCAGGCUAAAAUGAGCCCUGAUCAGGAUCCAGUUGUACGUGCAAGUGAAAUCAAAGCAAAGCUAAAGGAAUUACACAAUGUGUGUGAGCCUAUAGUGAUGCAACCAAAACCAAAUGUUGACUCUCCUAAAGAGGAAAAUCCAUUGAAUGGACCCAGUCUUCAUUCAAAUGAAGGUAUUGAAGAAGAUAAAAAUAAUGCUGAAAUCCCUCAACAAAAUGGUGGUUGUCAUCAGAACGAUAAAAACACCACGAGCAUGGACUUGGACUAG